UUAGGGUGGCAGGUUUGAGAAACUAUACCUGCUUGUGAAAGACAGAGUUGGUUUAACAGAUUUUGUCAUUUCUUUUAAAGGGGAGGAUCUCUUAUGCGAAUCCAAUCCUGUCGUGGCUGACUCAGGACCAGUACUACGGCGAUGGCUUCUUCUCUUCAACGGACGCGCUCAUGGCUCUGGAGGCGAUCACCGAGUACAAACGGGUCACGCCCCGAGCUGAACUCAAUCAGCAGAUCAACAUCCGCUACAACAGGAAGGGCGAGGUGAAGAGAGUUGCCCUGAACUCCAGGCAGCCUGUGGUUGCACCCAUCGAGGUUGCCCUGAACGAUGACAUCACCGUGUCCACAGGCUAUGGGAAGGGAGUGUCCAAUGUGAAGCUGAAGACGGUGUUCUAUCAGACGACAGCGUCCCUACAGACCAGAUGUAACUUUGAGCUCAACAUUGAGAUGUCGGGCUCCAGCCUCUCAGGCGGUUCUAGCGUGGAAGCUCCUCACCUGGCCGCCUGUGUGAAGUAUAAGCCCCCUGUAAACGAGGUGUCGACGGCGUCCUCUCUGACGGUGCUGAAGAUCCAGCUGCCAACAGGUGUGGAGCCGUAUUUGGACGACUUAAGAAAGGUGAAGGAAGUAAAACCGCUUCAAUCUCGUCAAAUACAGUUUUGAAAAAACACAAACUUU